UCGUCGAUGAUCCUCAUCGCUUUGGAACCUCAUAAGGUGACAAUGUGUAUAUGUUUAUAAAUAUGUUUUGCACUUUGCAACACAUCAUUAUCAUUUUUGAGUUGCGAUCAAUCUCUCUGCUUUCUCAACUUGGGAUUCGAUUCUUCUGGUAAACUAUGGAGAACAAGAACAUAGACGCAACGCCCUUCACACUGCAAGGGGAGCCAGCUGGGUUGGGAACACUCCCCAUGGGGUGUCUCGAUCAUGCAGGCUACACCAUGUCAAACGAAAAAGACUUCUACUCCAAGUUCAUCCUGGAGCUCGUCCCUAACAAUGCCCACGACGACUCCUGGUACGUGAAAAACCUUAAACCUGUGCAGCCCAUGCAGCCGCGAAUCGAUACCAGGCUCUUCAAUGGUUCAUUCCGAAACGCCAUCAACGCCCCAGAUCGCAUGAAUGUCAUGUACAGCCACGACGCUCUGGCUAGAGGCAAAAUCUCGCGUCUGGACGAAGUGUCAGUUCCCACUGAUGACGCUGCAUUUGUGGAAGCUCGAGCAAUGCGGUACGAGGGACAAGUGAGGCCCCGACUCAUCUCCUUCCUCCUUCCCGGCAAACCAGAGAAGUACUUGUGGAUCGACUUGUCGUGGCCUAUCCGCAACAUUCUGCUGCCGAUCUCUCAGGUCAGUUAUCCCGGCGAAAAACCAAACUGCACAUACACUCAGAUCAACUUCCGAAUGCUGCUUGGUCGACUGGCUGUCUCAGGCUGGGCAGAGGAUGGGAACCAAGGAUUCGUCAACUGGGAAGGAGACAACAAGAGAGGGCUGGUGUGGAAUGGCUCUGCAGCCUCAAUGCGCAUCGAUCUAGAGUUGCUGUCUUUGCUGCUCACACUCCCUCGACACAUGCGGAAGCCGGACUUCAACGUGCUCGCAGCUCUGCAACUCCACAGAUGGGACGUGGGGGUCCCUUACAAUCCACGUUUACCAAUGAACAGCAACGGCCAUUUCGUCAGUGAGACGGGCAAAUAUGUAUCCAACUACCCACUGGUCAGUGGCCGUAGUGCAAGGAGAAGCACUGUUGGGGUCGCCUACGAUAAGUUUCUGAGCGACAUCAAUGGCGUGCAGGUCGUCUUUCCUCCUCCUCCUCCGAACAGAAUGGUGUCCAUACUAAACACAGUCUUGUCCGUGGGCCUGAGUUUCAUUCCUGUAUGCGGUCCUCUACUGGCCAUUGCGAGCCCACUGGUCAUCAGGGCAAUCGAAGAUCCAACCAGCCUAGAGGUGAAGAAUCUUCUGACAAUUGAGUUCGGCAUCGAACUGGCGGGAGCGAUCCUCGGCAGCGCUCAGAGCUACCAGGGCCUGAAGAACCCGUCUGCAAAGAAGUCGGACGUGACCCCAGAGAUGCCGCCACCUCUGUACUAUGGCGAGUCACCAGAUGAUUACAAGCUGAACCCCAACACCAUGGACCCCACUGAGGAGGAGAAGGAGAUGGCCAAGAAGGACCCAGAGAAAAGUAAUGACUCCGUCGAACCCGAGUCAUCUUGAUGGAAGAGCACCGAAGCAUCGGCUUCAGUCACAGAGAGAGAGUCACCUAUAUAACAGUGUGGGUCUGAUGUAGGUGCAAGGAUCUGCCGUUGUCGCACGUUGAAUGCAACCUGUCCCUCGGUGUGCAUCUACAUGACAGAAAGUGGUUGCAGUAGGAUACUAGCAACAUCGGCAUCGUGCAUGUUAUGUUUGCCAACAUGUACUGUUAAGCAGUGGAGUUGUGUAAAAACUAGCUAGCCUCAGCUACGAGGUUCGGCACAGUUUCCUAGCUGUUUUGUGAAAUGAUCCCACGUUUAAAGUAUGCUCCGCUUGCACGCAAAAUCCGACGACGCCAUUCUGACCAUGAUUGGAAUGGUUUCCUGUACUGGAUGUCACGUGCUCAGGAAUUCACUUGAGCUUGUGAAGUAAGAAUAAUUUUUGUCUUCUCCCUACAA